AUGUCGACCAAACUAGACGUGCAUGUCGAAAUCACUUCGGAAGCGGAUCGUUACCGGGAUUCCCUGGACGCUGGACGGCUGGAGACAGGCGCUCGUCUUGUCGUCGAGUAUUUAGCCCGGACCGAUCGUCUAGCGCCCCUCUUCCCCAAACUACACACGGUUAGGACACGCCCCUUGCCAGAAAACCUCCUACAAGACUGCCGGCUCGCGUACGAGACCCCACAGAACCUAGCGAUGGAAUUGUCCAAAUCGAUCCUAUAUGAUAACACGGAUUCCAUUGAUCUCAAAACGUUGAAAUCACUCAACUCGACGGACGCCUCGCUGUGGGAUGGGAAACCCCAGCAAUACUUCGAGAGCAUACAUGCGAUCGAUAAAGAAAACCUUAGAGACUUCGACGAUGAUUCGCUCGCCUCCUGA